AUGGGCUUCGACAUGACCAAGCUGGUCCCCUCGGACCAGGCCUUCUACGGCAUCAUCCCGGGUGCUAGCUCGACUCCGGUUGGCAAGGUCACCCUCCCGGUCACCUUCGGCACCCGGGAUAACUACAGAACCGAGUCCAUCAUCUUCGAGAGGUGGCGCCAUUCGAGACCUUCUACCACGCCAUACUCGGGAGACCAGCUCUCGCAAAAGUUCAUGGCGAUCCCAAACCACAUGUAUCUUCUCCUAAAGAUGCCGGCUCCGAACGAAGUCCUCUCCAUCCACGGCGACAUCCAAACGUCUCACUCCUGUGAGACGGAGAACAUCAACACCUCCGAAGCCAUGGAGAGGAGCAACAACCAGGCCCUAGUCACCUAG